CGCCAUCAGUGUCUCUUGAUUCAUCGAUCAGUGUGGUGUGUUCGAAUUGUUGCUCUGUUGGGAGGUUUUUUUGGUGUUUAAUACCCAACGUUAUUCGUUGGUUUUAACAUUUUUAUUUAUAAAAAAUAAAAGUGAAUACAGGCUGGGCUCUUACAAGAGCCCUGUGAGGACACAAUAGAAUUUUUUUUAAAAAUGCAGCCAAGGAUAUAUUGGAUUGUUGCGUGCGCUUUCGUCGUCGCUAUCGGAGCUGAUGCUGCUGUCGUAAAUGAGAAAGAACAGACUGGAAAGGAGAGAUCGAUAGGGGGAAGCACAGCUUAUAAUUCAUCCCCUGACGACCUUUACCUAGACGACCAAGACGCUUUAGAAGGCUCUGGUCGAGGAGGCGGCGAAGUUAGGGAUGAUUUAGAGGCUUCUGGAAGUGGACUAGGUCCUGAUGACGAAGACGGGGACGACGGCAGUGAUUUUAAUAACGUUAAUAGGAUAGAAACUGCUCCAAAACCAGUAGAUCCCAAUCCGCCAUAUAUUGAAGAUCCUCACAAAACUAAACACAUUGACGAGGAUCUUGCGCCAAAGAGACCAGACAACGUCGACGACGUUAUUGGACCAGUCGGCGGCGAAGACGAAACAGACGAAGACGACGAUACCGACGAAGGUACUCACAUACUGAUCAUGAAUCCUAAGCACGAGGACCGUGCAAGUUCAUUCUUUGCCCAACCUGGUGUACUUGCUGCUGUGAUUGGAGGUGCAGUUGUAGGUUUAUUAUGCGCGAUUCUAGUGGUAAUGUUUAUCGUCUACAGAAUGCGCAAAAAAGACGAAGGUUCAUAUGCCCUAGAUGAACCAAGAAGAUCACCAGCUGCGGCAGCAUAUCCUAAAGCUGGCGCGCCACAUCAUAACCGUGAAUUUUAUGCUUGAAGAGGUCGUGCCAAGCUUGAACAUUGAUAACCGAUUGACCGAGUGAAAUGAUAUGGUUUAAAGAAAAUAUAAAAUAAUAACUAACAAACAAAUGAAAGCGAAUACCAUUGCUGAUGGAAUUAAUAUUGAAUUCGUUUUUUUUUUGACGUUGCUAAAUGAGAUUUUAUGAAGAGUCUUUCAUCAUUGUAUAAGGCAAAACGAGUAGCUCUUUUUCUUCUUAUCUUUACCAAUAAUCUUCCACUUAUUUCAACAUGUUGCAUAAUUGUACUCCGCUAAGUACAAUUAUUUAUUUUUAUUCUACAUUUUUCCAUUCAUAAUUUAAUCAUUUUUAUCAUCAAUUAAAGAUAAUAUUCAUUCGAGUCUCGUUUAAAUCCUUUCUCAUAUCAGCGGCGUCAACAUGACAGUAAUAAUAGAUAACAAAUACGAAAAAAAAGUUUAAUUAAAAAAAAAGUAAUUCCUAAUGCAUUUACGUAAAGUGUGAGAAUGAGUGAAAUUUGAAUGCCUGUGUGUAUGUGUAUAGGGACUAAGAGAAAAUAAAUUGAUUGUGCGUCCACAGAUUUUUUUAACUCUUUGUGUUAUUUUGUAUUCGACUGAGAGGAGAUAAAAAAAAUACUCAACAAAAACAAAUAUAAAAAGUCCUCUCAAUUGAGACGAUUUUUUUCUUUUUUAAAAUUUUUGUAUAUUUAUCUUUGAUUGAUUUAUAACAAAAAAAAAUAGUUCAA